AUGUGGGUUGGCAACUUGCUGUGUCUGGCCACUCUGGCUGUGGCCCUCUCCUUACCUACCUUCUCUGAUGCAGCUGCACUACAUGUGUUGUCAGCUCCUAACCUGCUGCAUGUGGGCAGUAAUGAGAACAUCUUUGUGGAGUCUCAGGACCAUACAGGAGAUCCCCUGAACGUAAAGUUCAUGGUGAAGAACCAUCCUACCCAGAACAAACUUCUGGCCUCCAAAUGAAUAGUUCUGAAAGGAGCAAACAACUUCCAGGCUCUGACAAAACUGUUCAUCCCAGAGGGGGACCACUUUGUGUAUGACUCCAAGCAGAAGCAGUAUGUGGUCCUGCAGGCCCUGUUCCCUGACCACAUCCUGGAGAAAGUUGUCCUGGUCUUCUUCCAGUCUGGAUACACCUUCAUCCAGACUGACAAGACCAUUUACACACCAGCCAGCGUCGUCUACAACAGUGUUCUGUAUAACUCCUGGCCUGGAGCCUCUGACAAGGGAGAUCAUUGAGGACAAGGAAGUCGCCAAGAACAAAGAGAUCGCUGUCUCUGUGGAGAUCAUGACUCCUGACAACAUCACCAUCUUCAGGGAGAUCAUCAACCCAGACAAGUGAAUCAGUUCUGGAAAGUUCCACCUCUCUGAAGUUGUCAGCUUCGGGAAAUGGCACGUGGUCACAAGGUUCCAGAGCACUCCUCAGAAGACCUUCUCAUCUGACUUUGAGGUCAAGGAGUAUGUUCUGGACGGCUUUGAGGUUAGUCUGACCCCAGCUAAAGCCUUCUUCUAAAUCGACGACAAAGAUCUGACAGUUGACAUCACUAACAGGUAUAUACUGUAUAUGGUAAGGAGGUGACAGGCUAUGUGGUGUUUGGGGUCAUCACAAGAGAGAACAAGAAGAUGAGCUUCCCCGGCUCUCGGCAGAGGGUAGAGAUCAGAAAAGGUAAAAGAGUGUGUCGUCUGAACAAAUACCACAUUACACAGACUUUCAUAGACAUCCAUCAACUGGUCAGUCCAUCUACGUAUCAGUCAGCGUGUUAACAGAGAGAGGGGGUGAGAUGGGGGAGGCAGAGAAAAGAGGGAUCCAGAUCCAUACCAUCCACACCACCAUCCUUUGACGUCUCGGUUUAUAUUACAAAUCCUGACAACUCUCCAGCCAGUAGAGUGGAGAUCGAGGUGACUCCAGAUAAUGCUAAAGGGGUGACCAGGGCCGACGGCUUUGCCAAGGUUACACUCAACACCGUAGCAUUGGCCACCGUGCUGCCAAUCUUUUGAAGACCAAGGACCCGGCUAUCCUCCCCACCAGACAGGCUGAGGCCAACAUGAAGGCUUUCCCCUACAGGACUUCCACCAAGAACUUCCUCCAUGUUGACUCUAAUAAGCUGAAGAUAGGAGACACCAUUAGGAUCAACCUGAACCUUGGAUGCCUCCCCAUAUAUAACCAUGACUUUACAUACAGUACCAGUCAAAAGUUUGGACACACCUACUCAUUCAAGGGUUUUUCUUUAUUUCUACUAUUUUCUGCAUUGUAGAAUAAUAGUGAAGACAUCAAAACCAUGAUUUCCACCGGUCUAAUGUCCAUUGGUGUCCUUUAGUAGUGGACUUGGUAUUUUACCAAAUAGGGCUAUCUUCUGUAUACCACCCCUACCUUGUCACGCCCUGACUCAGGGGACUCUUAUAUGUUGAGUCAGGGUGUGGAUAUUCUAUGUUGUGUAUAUCUAUGUGUAAUAUCUAGUAUGUGUAGAUCUAUGUUGGCCGGUGUGGUUCCCAAUCAGAGGCAGCUGUCGCUCGUUGUCUUUGAUUGGGGAUCAUACGUAGGCAGCCUGUUGGCAUGCAUUAGUUGUGGGAUCUUGUUCCGUGUGUAGGCUUGUUUUGUGUGUAGCCUUAGGACUUCACGUUUCGUUGGUUUGUUGUUUUGUCGUGUGUUUAUCAUUUAAAUAAACAUGUACGCAUUUCACGCUGCGCCUUGGUCUGACCCGUCCUUAAACGAACGUGACAGAAGAUCCCACCAAACACGGACCAAGCAGCAUGCCCAGGAGGACCGAACACCCUGGACACAGGUGGGGAAGAUUUGGUCUUGGGAGGACAUAUUUGCAGGAAAAGGACCCUGGGCGAAGAAGGAAGCCCAGGCAGGAGAGGAGCAACGGCAACACAGAAGCCGGCUGAGGAGGAAGCCUGAGAAGCAGCCCCGACCACUGCACCCGGUGGGUUUCCAGAUUUAGUCCCUACGACCAUGGGAAGAAGAGUGGGAACAGUAUUAUACUGAGGAGUCGGAGGAUGAUGACGACGAUGAGUUUCUGUUCCCUAACUCGUGGGGGCUCCCGGAGGAGUCCUCACUGGAGGAGGAGUGCCGAGAGAGAGAGAAGGAUCGGAUCGGCAGGGUAAGAGAGGAGGCCACCAUAUUACAGGGGCUGAUAGCUAGAAUAGAGCAGGUGGGAUCCAGUCACGAGGAGGCACUGCAGGAGGCUCAUAGGGAAAAGGAGGAAGUAGAGGCACGGAGAGAGGAGCUGGUUAGGCAAUAUAAGGAGCGGGGGUUAAUAGAGGAACCCAGGUAUGCGGAGAAACGCAUUGUAUCGCCAGUGCGCAUGCACAGCCCAGUGCGUUCAGUGCCCGCGCCCCGCACAUGUCGUGUGAAAGUGGGCAGCCAGCCAGGACGGGUUGUGCCAGCUCUCCGCUCCAGACCUCCAGUCCGCCUCCACAGUCCGGUCCGGCCCGUUCCUGUUCCUCGCACCAAGCCAGUGGUGCGUGUUCCCAGUCCAGCCCGGCCCGUUCCUGUUCCUCGCACCAAGCCCGUGGUGCGUGUUCCCAGUCCGGCCCGGCCCGUUCCUGCUCCUCGCACCAAGCCAGUGGUGCGUGUUCCCAGUCCGGCCCGGCCUGUUCCUGCUCCUUGCACCAAGCCAGUGGUGCGUGUCGCCAGUCCGGCCCGACCCGUUCCUGCUCCUCGCACCAAGUCAGUGGUGCGUGUUCCCAGUCCGGCCUGGCCUGUUCCUGCUCCUCGCACCAAGCCAGUGGUGCGUGUCGCCAGUCCGGCCCGGCCCGUUCCUGCUCCUCGCACCAAGCCACCGGUGCCCAGUCCAGCUCCGGUCAGCGGCUCCAGUCCGGAGCCUGAGCAGUCCGCUCCACCAGUGCCCAGUCCAGCUCCGGUCAGCGGCUCCAGUACAGACCCAGACGUCAGCCCCUCUCCAGGUUUGGGGUCUCCCACACCAGGGUCCAGACAGGGCUUGGAGUAUCGUGGGUGGAAUUAGAGGGGAAGCAGCGCGCUGAGGUCCAGACCAGACCAGGGGUGCAAUAGGGAGGCGGAGAGCAUGUGGUCGUCCGCCUCCGAGGCAGAAUGCCCACCCGGCCCCUACCCUGUUAUGUAAAGGUUGUGCGGUCGGAGUCCACACCUUUGGGGGGGGGGGGGGGGGGGGGGGGUACUGUCAUGCCCUGACUCAGGGGACUCUUAUAUGUUGAGUCAGGGUAUGGAUAUUCUAUGUUGUGUAUAUCUAUGUGUAAUAUCUAGUAUGUGUAGAUCUAUGUUGGCAGGUGUGGUUCCCAAUCAGAGGCAGCUGUCGCUCGUUGUCUUUGAUUGGGGAUCAUACGUAGGCAGCCUGUUGGCAUGCAUUAGUUGUGGGAUCUUGUUCCGUGUGUAGGCUUGUUUUGUGUGUAGCCUUAGGACUUCACGUUUUGUUGGUUUGUUGUUUUGUCGUGUGUUUAUCAUUUAAAUAAACAUGUACGCAUUUCACGCUGCGCUUUGGUCUGACCCUUCCUUAAACGAACGUGACAUACCUUGUCACAACACAACUGAUUGGCUCAAACGCAUUAAGAAGGAAAGAAAUUUCACAAAUUAACUUUUAACAAGGCACACCUGUUAAUUGAAAUGCAUUCCAGGUGUCUACCUCAUGAAGCUGGUUGAGAGAAUGCCAAGAGUGUGCAAAGCUGUCAUCAAGGCAAAGGAUGGCUACUUUGAAGAAUCUCAAAUAUAAAAUAUAUUUUGAUUUGUUUAACACUUUUUGGUUACUACAUGAUUCCAUAUGUGUUAUUUCAUAGUUUUGAUGUCUGCACUAUUAUUCUACAAUUUAGAAAAUAGUAAAAAUUAAGAAAAACCCUAGAAUGAGUAGGUGUGUCCAAACCUUUGACUGGUACUGUACAUGUUCCUGAGCAGAGUUCAGCUGGUGAAAGCGGCCAGAUUCAAGAGACAGGGCAAGGAGAUGUUUCCGUCGUUCCAUAUUGUAGCUUACCACCACGUCGGAAAAUCUGACCUGGUGGCAGACUCUGUCUGGGUUGACGUAAAGGUCUCAUGCAUACACUCGCUGAAAGUGACGUCGACCAGGCCCAAUGCGUCCGAUAUGCCUCGUAGGGCUUUCAGUCUGACCAUCACUGGAGACCCGGGAGCUAGAGUACAACUGGUGGCUGUAGACAAGGGAGUCUACAUACACAACAACAAACACCAUAUUACACAUACCAAGAUCUGGGACACAAUAGAAAAGCAUGAUACAGGCUGUACAGCUGAAGGAGGAGCAGACAGUGUGGAGGUGUUCUACGAUGCUGGUCUGGUAUUUGAGAUGGACACCGUUAAAUGGACUAGGAUCAGAACAGACCCCAGCUGUCCUGAUAGUGACAGGUAG